AUGAGCGAGGCCGUCGCGUCGCAAGAGGCCAGCGAGGGAAGCCGGGACAGAUAUACUGCCACGGGAGAUAUCGUGUUCUCACGAGUGCGCGAGGACAGAUGGAUUCCCACGUCUUUGCCAUUUCCUUCUGCUUUAUCGCUUCGCCCAAAAGCCCUGUGCAAUGCGAAGAGGAAGCGGGUCUCCGUUGCUGCUGCGCCCAUUCAGCUGCCGAAGGAGACCCGCAGGAAACAGGCCGACCUAUCAUUACCGCUGCGAGUGACACCUGUCACGGACACAGCGUACGUCCCUUUGGUGGAGCUGUCUAUGGGGAGGGCGCUUGUUCCUCAAGCCAUACAAGAAGGAGCAGACGUGUACUUCGAAUGCAGUGUCGUCUCUAAUCCACCUUACCUUCGUGUAGAAUGGUUUCACGACGGCAAGGUCGUCGAGCACAACAUGAGCGCAGGAGUCGUGGUGAGUGGCCUCAGCCUGGUCAUUCGGCACCUGCGUCGGGAGCACUCAGGGUCGUACACCUGCGCCGCGACCAACACCGAGGGCGUCACGACCAGCAACCCCGUUUCCCUCACCGUCAGACGUGAGUUAAUGCCUCGCCGCUUUUGCCCUUGAUUUGUGCGCGGGCUUGCAGUGAGUGGGUGUCGUGUUAUUUACGUGUGUGUGAGGCUGCUUAUGUGUCUGUCUGGGAAGGCGUAGCUGG